AUGGCUCAGGCGGAUGAGUUCGAACAGACCCCACAGGAGGAUGACUUGGGGUUCAAGGAAGAGGAAGAUUUGGCACCAGGUCAUGAAGUAGGAAAUGCCUCUCUCAAACCUGAAGGCAUCCAGAUCUGGGAUGACUUCUGGGUCCAGAGAGCGGGAUCAGGAAAACCUCGGGCUCGAGGCAGAGGCCCUCGGCUCCUGGGAGAACCACGCUGGGGCCAGGCUAGUGACCGGGCCGCCGUAUGUGGCGAUUGUGGCAAGAGCUUUCGGCAGAUGUCGGAUCUGGUGAAGCAUCAGCGGACACACACCGGGGAGAAACCCUACAAGUGUGAGGUCUGCGGCAAGGGCUUCGGGGAUAGCUCUGCCCGCAUCAAACACCAGCGGACGCAUAGUGGUGAGAAACCCUACAAAGCCAGACCGCCGGCCCAGGGCCCUCCCAAGAUUCCUAGGACCAGGGUCCCGGCUGGCGAGCGCCCCACUAUCUGCGGAGAAUGUGGCAAGAGCUUCCGGCAGAGCUCAGACCUGGUGAAGCACCAGCGGACACACACGGGGGAGAAGCCCUACAAGUGUGGCAUCUGCGGCAAGGGCUUUGGGGACAGUUCUGCCCGGAUCAAGCACCAGCGGACACACCGCGGGGAGCAGCCGCCCCGGCCCAUGGUGCCCCGGCGGCAGCCAUCCCGAGCAGCCACCGCAGCCACACAGAGACCCAAAGCCCAGGACAAGCCAUACGUCUGCACCGAUUGUGGCAGAAGGUUUGUGCUCAGCUGCAGUCUCCUGAGCCACCAGCGCAGCCACCUGGGGCCCAAGCCCUUUGGCUGCGACGUGUGCGGGAAGGAGUUUGCCCGCGGCUCAGACCUGGUCAAGCACCUCCGGGUGCACACGGGAGAGAAGCCCUACCUCUGCCCUGAGUGCGGCAAGGGCUUCGCCGACAGCUCGGCCAGGGUCAAGCACCUCCGCACCCACACGGGCGAGAGGCCGCACGCCUGCCCCGAGUGUGACUGCUCCUUCAGCCUCAGCUCCACGCUGCUCCGCCACCGCCUCACCCACAUGGAGCCGCAGGACUGCAGCUUCCCGGUGGGCACCAGCCCCCCGCUGACACCGCGAAGCCCCUCACACCCGGGUGACGGGCCCUUUGGCCUGCCCGGCUUGGAGCCAGAGCCCCGGGGCCCCCAGGCCGGGGAGCCACCGCCACCGCUCGCGGGUGACAAGCCCCACAAGUGCCCCGAGUGCGGCAAGGGCUUCCGCCGGAGCUCAGACCUGGUGAAACACCACCGGGUGCACACGGGGGAGAAGCCCUAUCUCUGCCCUGAGUGCGGCAAGGGCUUUGCUGACAGCUCGGCCAGGGUCAAGCACCUCCGCACCCACCGUGGUGAGCGGGCUCGGCCACCACCACCCACUCUCCUGAGGCCGCACAACCCCCCGGGCCCAGCACCCGUGGCCCCUCGUCCCCGAGGCCGGGCCCGGGCCUCUGGACUCAGCCAGCCCCACGUGUGCAGCUUCUGUGGGAAGGAGUUCCCCCGGAGCUCGGACCUGGUCAAGCACAGGCGCACGCACACCGGGGAGAAGCCGUACAAGUGUGCCGAGUGCGGCAAGGGUUUCGGUGACAGCUCUGCCCGUAUCAAGCACCAGCGUGGGCAUCUGGCCCUGAGGCCCUUUGGGACCGGGGCUGGUCUGGCAAGGCCCAAGGGAGAGCCACCCAUGGGACUGGAAUGA